AUGACUGUGUUAGAUAAUGAUUCGUUCCUUACACAACUCACAAAACUCUUUGAAAAAACAAAACCAACUUCAAAGAAAGUGUAUCUUACCAUGAAAAGACAUACAUGGGAAUCACGAAAUGCGAAAAAAGUAAGAGAAGCAGAAGAAAAAAGCAAAGCUGUGGAUGAUCAAUCUUUGGAGAAGGAUUUGAAGAAAGAAGAUGUUGAUGAUAAAGAAUAUCCUUGUUUAUUUAGAGCUGAGUGUGGAAAGAUUAAGAUCAGUUUCACCGUCUGA